CUAUCGAAUCUACGAAGACGGCACCCACACUUGUCUGUUCUGAACGUGCUCGGGUGCUACCUUGGGAAUGCCUUGCCGACAGCCCGGUCUCGCGCAAAUUGUGUUAUUGUCAAUGAUCGGUGCUGGUCGCGGUCUGUGACCGCCAAGCCGAUUGAGCUGGCAAAGCGCCUAUCAGAUGAGCUUGCACUGCCGCCUUGGUCGAGGCAACUUGGCAAGACACCCAGCCUGGGGGACAAUCUCUUCUUCUCUAGGGGAAGAGAGCACGCUAGAGAGGAGAGGCCCCAAUGGGGAUCUCCCCCGGUUGGCCACGGCAAGAUCAAGGUGGAGGUAGAGGUGGAGGUGAAG